UUUCCUUUCCCGCGAUGACGACGCUCCUUGCCUCAUGGAUCCCGCCGGACGAGAGGGGGAAGUUCGUUACCCUUGUGUAUAAUGGCAUUGACUUCGGGAACGUGUUGGCCCUUGUUGCAAGCGGCUGGUUGUGUGACGUAGAAAUCCUGGGUGGUUGGCCGCUGGUCUUUUACGUCUUCGGUGGCCUGGCUCUCGUGUGGACCUUCGUGUGGUUACUUGUCAUUAGCGACUUGCCUGAGAAGCAUCCAAGAAUAUCGGCGGCGGAGAAGGCUUACGUCAUGCAGCGUUGUGGCGUCACGAGGGAGAAGCCGCUGCCCAUCCCGUGGAGAGCCAUCAUGACGUCACUUCCGGUGUGGGCCAUCAUGGUUGUGCAAGCCGGAAAUAACUGGGGAUUCUUCACUCUCCUCACCGAGAUGCCGACAUACCUGAAGAACAUGUUGCACUUUGACAUGAGAAGUGUCAGUUUCCGUGGUUUUGUUUUGUGUUGCAUAACGGGGUCCUCUCUGCCUUCCCUUAUAUGGUACUAUGGGUAUUUAGCCUGACGUAUGUGGCCAUUAUAGAGCUCAUCCUUACUCGCGUCCGUGUGCCUGUCCUAGUCAUUCGAAGGAUAUCCAUGGCCAUAGGUUGGUAAUCCUGAUACUUAC